AUGCAUGACUUCGAUAACUAUACUGCUUACGCAGAAUAUCAAUCAUUUAAAGUCGACAACGAGGCUUCACAAUACAGGGUUACAUUUAGUGGAUACAGGGGCACUGCUGGUAAGUCAACGGAUUUUCACACUACAGGGUUACAUUUACUGGUUACACGGGCUCUGCUGGUAAGUCAACGGAGCUUCACACUACAGGGUUACAUUUACUGGUUACACGGGCAAUGCUGGUUAGUCAACGGAGCUUCACACUACAGGGUAACAUUUACUGGUUACACGGGCAAUGCUGGUAAGUCAACAGAGCUUCACACUACAGGGUUACAUUUACUGGAUACACGGGCUCUGCUGGUUAGUCAACAGAGCUUCACACUACAGGGUUACAUUUACUGGAUACACGGGCAAUGCUGGUUAGUCAACAGAGCUUCACACUACAGGGUUACAUUUACUGGUUACAAGGGCAAUGUUGGUAAUGGAUUUGAACUAAACAAUGGAAUGAAAUUUACUACAAGAGAUCGUGACAACGACCUUCACCCGUAUCAUUUUGGAAAGGGACAACAAGGUGCGUGGUGGUACAAUGCAUGCGCAAAAUCUAGUUUAAAUGGCAUUUACCAACCAGAGGGAACCACAGGUUCAAAGACGAUAUAUUGGAAAACAUGGAGAGGAACUACACUGAAAGCUACCGCAAUGAAAAUAAGACCUUUCAAUUGA